AUGCGUUUCUCUCAAGUCCAAGUCGCUCUCCUCGCCACCGCCCUCGUCGGUGCCCCCGCAGUCCUUGCCAACGAGGCUGAUGAGGUUACAUCCGUCAAUGCCCGUGAGGCGACAGUUGAAGUUGAGGCUCGUCAAGAGGCACCCGUCGCCGAAUUCGAAGCUCGCGACGAAGCCAUCGAGCUCGAAGCCCGCCAUGGUCGAGGUGCAAGAUUCGGCCAUGCCCUUGGCCGCAUUGUUGGUACCUACGCCUCCCACCGCAUGCAACAAGGACGGCGUGAUCUGGACGAUGUCAUCGACCUUGAGGCACGUCACGGUAGUGGUCGGGGUAUUGGCCGUGCAAUUGGCCACGGACUCAGACACGUCGCCAAGGGCUUCGCCCACUCCUUCUCCCAGCAGCGGCGCGACUUGACUGACGUCGAGGACCUCGAAGCUCGCCGCGGUGGAGGCGGAGGCGGAGGCGGAGGUCACUGGCACCAUAGGCGCGACCUCACCAACAUGGAAGAUCGCCGGGAAUUGACUGAGGAACCCGAAGUCCUCCAGAGGCGCAUCGACGACUUUGAGGCUCUCCUCGCUCGCUAUGCCGAAUCUGAGGCCGCUCAGCUCGACUAA